UUACACACUUAAAAAGUAGUGCAUACGUUUCAAAUAAAAUUUCUUUUUAAUUUCAAAAAUUUGUAAAGAAAUAUUGGGUAUCCGAAAUAUUACUAUAUUUAUUAAUUCAUUAUAUUAUAGUUUAAAUAUUUAUAAAUUGUUUUAAAAAUCAUUUAUCCAAAGAACAACAGAAUGUCUUUCUGGAACACAAUUUUCUUAUUUUUCAUCUGCUGCUUCAUAAUUUACAUUUAUUUUCAAAAACAAAUGAAUUUAUUUCAAAAAGCAGGAAUUCCACACAUAAAGCCAUGGCCCAUUGUUGGCAACUUCUUACCAGUAUUAUUGAGAAAAAUAACAAUAGCUGAAUUUAUGAUGAAUUUAUAUCAUUUAAAUCCAAAUGCGAAAUAUGUUGGAUUUUAUGAAUAUCGAAGACCAAUAAUUUUAAUACGUGAUCCAGAAAUAAUAAAAUUAAUAACAAUGAAACAUGAAAUAUUUCCAAAUCGAAGAGGUUUUGAUCUUGGCAAUAAUGAUUCAGUGAUGGGAAAGGAAAUUUUUUCUGCAAAAUAUGAAAAGUGGCAGGAAAUGCGAAAGACAGUUUCACCUGCAUUCACACCGAGAAAAUUGAAAAUGACAAUGUCAAUAAUAUCACAGAAGACGAAAAUAUUUUUAGAUCAUAUUCUCAAGAAGAGUGAUGUACAAGAUUUUGAUGCUCUUAAAUGGAUUCAAAAAUACUUUAUUGACUUUACACAUGCAACUGCCUAUGGUGUUGAAACAACAAGUGUCACUACUGAUGACACUGACGUUUUUUUAAAUUUUUGUUUGGAUGCAGCAAAUUUGGAAAAAAUAGAAAAACGUAAGCAAUUUCAAUUAAUGUCAUCAUUUUUAUGGAACAUCUUUAGAAUGAGUUACGUCGAUGAUAAAGUUUUGGAAUAUUUUCGAAAUAUCGUUAAACAGUCAAUGGCUAAAAGAGAGAAUGUAAACUUCAUACCAGAGACAAUAGUCGACCUAAUAAUAGAUUCGGGAAUUGUUAAUAAUAAAACAAUGGAAGAACUUACAGCAGAGACAUAUGUAUUAUUAAUAGCCGGAUUGGAUAACUCUUCGUCAAUGUUAACCUACGUUUGCUAUUAUUUGGCAGUUCAUUACGAUAUCCAGGAGAAAGUUCGAGAAGAAAUUUUGUCACUUCAAGAAAAAUUCAAAGAAACAUCCAAUCAAACAACAUUCUCAGAUGACGAUUUAAUUUAUUUUCAACUAAAAAUGGAAGAUCUCGAAAAUCUCAAAUAUUUAGACUCUGCAAUUAAGGAGUCGCUGAGACUUCAUUCACUAUUGCCAGUAGAAAGAGAAUCGGUGACAAAUUUUCAACUUCCACCAGCAUUACCUGGUCUAAAAUCAUUCACCAUUGAAGCUGGAACGUUAGUUUUAAUUCCAAUCGAACCUAUUUGUAAGGAUCCUCAACAUUUCGAAGAACCAGAAAAAUUCAAACCCGAGAGAUUUAUCGAAAAAAAGCAUUUCUUUUCUACAUUACCAUUUGGAAUUGGUCAUCGUAAAUGUACGGGAUACAGAUUGGCUCUAUUGGUUAUGAAAUUAUUCAUUUCUCACAUGCUAAUUAGAUGUAAUCUUAAAACAUGUGCAAAAACUCCAAUUCCAUUGAAAGUGAGUAAUAAUAUGUAUACUAGGAUUCUGGAAGACAGGAUCUGGCUGAGAGUAGAAAAAAGAAAAGUUCAAGGAGAUGAGAUUUAGAAUAAUUCUGUUUGAUAGAAAAAAAUGUAAACAAAUAUAAUAAUGUUGUAAAUAUUCAAACAAAUACGUUUUCUUUUCUGUAAAUUUACAUUUGCUGUAAACUCUAUCUAAUUUAUAAUUUAAUUUUCUAAAUUU